AUGGCGGCCCGGAACUGAGCCCCACGGGGGGGUGGGGGAGGGGACGAGCCGCCAGCGCCGCCAACCGACGCGGCGCCGCUCCCCGCGCGCCCGGGCCCGGGGCGCCGCGCCGCCGCCGCCACUCAGGGUAGCUGACUUGGGGCGGAAAGAAUUUCAGCUCAACUGGAACCACAGGCAAUAGAGAAUAUUUCAUUGUUGCUUUUGAAAGUGAGUUGGGAAAUUACCAGCCAGCCACUUUUGAAUUUCGUGUCUGUGAAUCCUGGUGGCAGUUGCUUAUAUACAUGUUUUCAUGAAGAGAAGCGAGAAGCCAGAAGGGUAUAGACAAAUGAGGCCUAAGACUUUUCCUGCCAGUAACUACACUGGCAGCAGCCGGCAAAUGUUACAAGAAAUACGAGAGAGCCUUAGGAAUUUGCCUAAGCCCUCAGAUGCUGCCAAGGCUGAACACAAUAUGGGUAAAAUGUCAACUGAAGAUCCCAGACAAGGCCGAAAUCCCCCUAAAUUUGUAAUGUAUCAUAAAGCAUUGCAGGAAAUUCGAAACUCCCUUCUGCCUUUUGCAAAUGAAACCAACUCUUCAGCCAAAGGAACUUCUGAUGUCAAUCGACAGAUGCUUCAAGACCUACAAGCUGCUGGUUUUGAUGAGGAUAUGGUUGUACAAGCUCUUAGGCAAACUAACAGCCGUAGCAUAGAAGCAGCAAUUGAAUUCAUUAGUAAAAUGAGCUACCAGGAUCCUCGUCGAGAACAGAUGGUUGCAGCAGCAGCCAGACCUGUUAACGCAGGCAUGAAACCACCAGCAGGCAGCGUACAGCAAUCAGUUAACCGCAAACAGAGCUGGAAAGGUUCUAAAGAGUCCUUGGUACCUCAGCGACAUGGCCCUCCAUUGGGAGAUGGUGUAGUUUAUCGCUCAGAAAGCCCUAGUUCUCAGUCAGAUGUAGGAAGGCCUUUAUCUGGUUCUGGAAUAACAGCAUUUGCUCAGGCUCACUCUGUUAAUGGACAACGAGUGAAUCCACCACCUCCACCACAGAUGAGGAGUGUUACUCCCCCUCCUCCACCACCUAGAGGGCAGACUCCUCCACCAAGAGGAACAACUCCGCCACCUUCUUCCUGGGAACCAAAUUCUCAAACAAAGCGUUAUUCUGGAAGCAUGGAAUAUAUGAUCUCCCGCAUUUCACCAGUGCCACCAGGAGCAUGGCCGGAUGGCUAUCCUCCCCCACCUAUGAAUCCUCCACCCAUAAACACGUCUACACAGGGCCAGAGAGGUAUUAGUUCUGUUCCCAUUGGCAGGCAACCAAUCAUCAUGCAGAGUUCUGCCGGUAGUAAGUUUAACUUUCCAUCAGGAAGAGCUGGAAUGCAGAAUGGCAAUUGUCAGACAGACUUCAUGGUUCAUCAGAACGUUGUAUCUGGGAACUCAAUGAAUCGCCAACCACCUCCUCCUCCAUAUCCUAUUUCCCCAACUAACAGACAAAGUCCGACAGCUUUGCAGAUGCAAGCAGGAGGAUCUGCUCCUCCUUCAGCAUACACCAAUGGAAACAUUCCUCAGUCUAUGAUGGUGCCAAAUAGAAACAGCCACAACAUGGAACUUUAUAAUAUAAAUGUACCUGGUAUACCAACAUCCUGGUCACAGCCUUCAGUUACACAGUCCCAGUCAUCACCUGGCAAUGGACACGAAAUCCCUACGUGGCAACCUAACAUUCCAGUAAGGUCAAACUCUUUUAAUAACCAUCAUGGAAGCAGACAGAGUCACUCUGGUAAUUCUCAGCCUUCAGCCACUACAGUAACAGCUAUAACACCAGCUCCCAUUCAGCAGCCAGUAAAAAGUAUGCGUGUGUUAAAGCCAGAGCUGCAGACUGCCUUAGCACCAACUCACCCUUCCUGGAUGCCGCAACCAGUGCAGACAGUCCAGCCCAUCCCUUUUUCUGAAAGUCCAUCUACAAAUAUGACAGUUAUGUCUCCUGUUACAGAGGCUCCCAAUUACCAAGGUCCUCCACCACCUUACCCAAAACACUUGCUACACCAGACUCAGUCUAUCAGUCCUUAUGAGUCAGGGACCAAACCUAGCAAAGAUGAUCAGUCUGCUUUGCCUAAAGAAGAUGAGAGUGAAAAGAAUUAUGAAUGCAUUGAUGGAGCGGAUAAGGAGAAGAAACAAAUAACAACCUCACCUGUUCCAGUUAGGAAAAACAAGAAGGAUGAAGAACGAAGAGAGUCUCGUAUUCAAAGCUAUUCUCCUCAGGCUUUUAAAUUCUUCAUGGAACAACAUGUGGAAAACAUACUAAAGUGUCAUCAGCAGCGAUUGCAUCGUAAGAAACAACUGGAGAAUGAAAUGAUGAGGGUUGGCUUGUCCCCUGAAGCCCGGGAUCAGAUGAGAAAGAUGCUGUGUCAGAAGGAGUCUAAUUACAUUCGUCUCAGAAGGGCUAAAAUGGACAAAACAAUGUUUGUAAAAAUUAAGACCCUUGGGGUUGGAGCAUUUGGAGAAGUCUGCCUAGCAAGAAAAGUGGACACUAAUGCUUUAUAUGCAACGAAAACCUUGCGGAAGAAAGAUGUGCUCCUUCGGAACCAAGUUGCUCACGUUAAAGCCGAGCGUGAUAUCCUUGCAGAGGCUGAUAAUGAGUGGGUGGUUCGCCUAUACUAUUCAUUCCAAGAUAAAGACAACUUAUAUUUUGUAAUGGACUACAUUCCAGGAGGCGAUAUGAUGAGCCUUUUAAUUAGAAUGGGUGUCUUUCCAGAAAAUCUGGCACGGUUUUACACUGCAGAGCUGACCUGUGCGGUUGAAAGUGUUCAUAAGAUGGGUUUUAUUCACCGGGACAUUAAACCUGAUAACAUUUUGAUCGAUCGCGAUGGUCAUAUCAAACUGACUGACUUCGGGCUUUGUACAGGUUUUCGAUGGACCCAUGAUUCCAAAUACUACCAGAGUGGUGAUCAUCCACGUCAAGACAGCAUGGAUUUCAGUAAUGAAUGGGGUGAUCCAGCCAGUUGCAGGUGUGGAGACAGACUUAAGCCACUUGAGCGUAGGGCAGCACGCCAGCAUCAACGCUGUUUGGCACAUUCACUUGUUGGAACACCUAAUUAUAUUGCACCAGAAGUACUGUUGCGAACAGGAUAUACACAGCUAUGCGACUGGUGGAGUGUUGGAGUAAUUCUCUUUGAAAUGUUAGUAGGGCAGCCUCCCUUCCUGGCACAAACACCAUCAGAAACACAAAUGAAGGUUAUCAAUUGGCAAACAGCUCUUCAUAUUCCACCCCAAGCUAAGUUGACUCCAGAGGCCUCUGACCUUAUUAUAAAACUCUGCCGAGGGCCAGAAGACCGCUUGGGCAAGAACGGUGCAGAUGAAAUAAAAGUGCAUCCGUUUUUUAAAACUAUUGAUUUUUCAAGUGAUUUGCGACGGCAGCCCGCUUUCUACAUUCCCAAAAUUGCUUAUCCAACAGACACUUCGAAUUUUGAUCCAGUUGAUCCAGAUAAGUUAUGGAGUGAUGAGAAGGAAGGGAAUGUAAAUGACACCCUUAAUGGAUGGUACAAAAAUGGGAAACAUCCUGAACAUGCUUUUUAUGAGUUCACGUUCCGAAGGUUUUUUGAUGACAAUGGCUACCCUUACAAUAAUCCAAAGCCCAUUGAAUAUGAAUACAGUAAUCCACGAAACUUGGAGCAGCAGUCAGAUGACGACAAUGGACAGGCAGGCAAAGGGGUCCAAAAUCGUGAUCUAGUUUAUGUUUAACAGAGAAGUUGAAAAUGAUUUAACUGAAUGUUUUUUGCAGUUAGCAUUUUUUAAAAUGUUUCUCAAUAAGAGAAUUGAUAGAAGGUGUUUAAGGUGAAUAUGUGCACGUUUAAAAGAAUAAUUUUAUGAUAGAAUAUUUUUGUUCUCUGCACAUUGUUUCCCUCAAAUGCAGGAAACUCCAUUUCAAACAUUAAUUUAUUCCAGCAUUAUGAUCAUUUUAAUUUAGAAAAGAAUUGAAGUUAGAAAAAAAUAAAUUAUGUACCAAAUUUUAUUAUCAAUUCUUUGUACUCGAAGUACUCAAAAUAGGAGAAAGUGAUUUCUUUAAAAGGAGAUGCCUGUUAUCUAUUUGUACAUAUGCUAAAUAAUUUAAAACAAAAAAACUCCCUUUGUUUCAGUUUUUUUUAAUGACAGUUUUGCCUUGUGUUGACCAAAUACAGAAUGUUAUGCUUACAAAGCAAUCUGAUUUAUCUCUGAGACAAGUCUGCUUUGCUUUGUCUUCCCACAAUAUUCACCCCCAUUCUAUGUAAAAUAAGCCAUUUCCCUGGUAAGUAUUCCCAAUGCCCUACAGUAACUGCACAAUUCACAGCUUUGAAACGAAGAAGUGACAGUCUUGGUCAAAAUAUGACUAUAAAUGGUAACGUUAAAUUUGUGGAGGUUUUAUUUAUAUUUAACUUAAAUGACUUUUAAAAUAACUGAAUUUAGGGCACUGUGGUACUCUAAAACCAGCAUGAGUGCUUAAUACUAAUUUAGCUCCCUUCCUAUGGGCAACUCUUACAAGAUGUGGGGGGAAUUAAGUUUUUGGGGUUUUUUUUUAAAAAAUUAUAUAUCAGUCUCUUUUCUGAUUGAAAUGAAGUUGUAAAGUCUGUAAAAACUUUAUAGCUUGGGGGAAAAAAUUAUAGCUUGAAAAAUUAAAAAUGAUUCUGUUGCUUGUCCCAGCCUUUGAUUUAGUGAAGAGGAAGUACUGAGAACACACAUUGUGGCUUUUGAGAGAGAGAGAGAGAGAUUUUUUUUGACUGGGAAAACCAGUUUCAUUUGUUAGACUUUUAACCAAUGGGAAACACUACUAUACAGGUGCCUGGCAACAAACUUGAUAGAGAGAUAUAUCAUCCUAUACAAGCUGUCUCUGUUUUCAUCAUUCCAUGUCUGGUGCCUCAUCCUUCACAGCCUAAUUCAAAGCAGAACAGUCUCUGUGGUGCUUUGUAUGCUGAAGGCUGCAUCUGCUAUCAUAGUACUGUUCUGAAUGCUAGUUUCAUUGUGUUAAGGAAGCAGCUAAGUGUUAAGUCUUAGAAUCAGUCUAUAGCUGUAACAUUGAGUGUUGGAUGGCUAUAAGCAACAGUCCCAUCCGCAAGAAAGGUGGUUUCUAUAGGUGAGGGAGGAAAAGACUUGUGCCUCUCUCUCUUCCAUAGCUAACCACUUUGGUGGGGAGAAGAGGAAAAUGCCAGUGCAUUUAUUUUUAGGUUAAAAUAAAAAUCCCUGGUGUUUUGGCACCAGUGGGAACAAACUUUCCAUCUUCUAAUACCCGUCAUGCAUCUCUAGACAUUAAUACUUCUUGUUUACUGUGAUCCAGGCCAUUGUACUAGCAUUCUGGCCUAAUUAAGUAUCAUGAAACCAUCAUUCAGAACUUGUAGCAAGUAGGACUACACGCAGCCCUAUGGUGCUAUCGUAGGUAAAUGUCUUUAAGAGGAGAGUCCUAUCUUUUUUCUGGUUUCUUCUGCUGUGAAGGAACUCUCUUGUUGAAAAGACAUAUAUAAAACAACACAUUGUUUUGGUUCUUUUUAAUAAAAAGGUAACUUUUUUUCUAUAAUCUAAGAGGGCAUGGAUCUGUAAAACAUAAUUCAUGUCCUGUGUACCUAUCUUAAAUACAGCUGUUCUGUCUCACCAACUCUGAUAUUCAUCAUGUUUAGUUUUUACGUAGUAAAGUGGAUGCAAUGUAUAAAUACUCAAGCAUUUUAUAUGCUCAUAAAUAUAAGCUUUCUUUCAAAAUAAACUAUUUAAAAAAUCUUCAUAAUAGUGACAGGUGUUCCAUUGAAAACUGGCAAUUUUGAUCUCCUCUACUUGCAGUUACUGGUUAAAAACAAUUCAGUUGAUUUUUCAUUGUUCGUUGACUCCUAAAAUUUUCCUAGAAGAUGUCUGGUCUAAUUAACCAUAUCAUUUUAAAGAUUAUCAGAACACAUUUCUCUUUUCCCAGUCCAUCAAGGUCUACAAUGCAAAAUGAAAAUUACUUUAUUAAAUUGAAUAACUGAGAUUUUAAGUUAGUAUGCAGGUUACUGAGAUAAGUACUAUUCUGCUGUUUUGGAAUACUUACUGAUACAUAAAAGGGGAGUUGGGUCUUGAGGACCCAGGAGGGGUUCUAAGCUUUUUUGUUGUUGUUGUUACCUGGCAUUACACUUCUGAUGCUCCUACUUUCUGAACUUUGUGGUCUAGAUGCUGCAGUAAUUGAUACAUGUAUUUCUCUCCUGGAUAUCCAAGUACACUACAGAAAGUCUGCUCUAGGAAAAUAAAAAAUAUUCUCAUAAGCCAUUGUGAUGCAGAGCUCUCCAAUAUGCUCUUCUGCUCCCAUGUAUGGAGCCCCCAUUGACUUCAGUGUAACUCCAGACAUGGAUCUGAGGCACAUUGUGAUCCUUAGUAUCUAUUGUUUACUGUAUGGCUAUUUCAGUCCUUCAUAAUGUUUGCUCUAACACAGUGGUUUUCAACAUUUUCAUUUGCAGACCCCUAAAAAAAUCUGAAUGGAAGUAUGAACCUCUUUGAAUUAUAGGUUUGGGUAUUCAUAUACUUUUGAUUGAUCAUAGCCAUCUUUCACAAACCCCUUAGAUAUAGACUGUGGACCCCCGGGGGUCUGCAAACUACAGGUUGGAAACCACUGCUCUAACACCUUCCAGGGCAUUGUAACAUAGGUUUAUUCCUAUUGUGGGACCAGUUCAUGCUAAUAAUGGACAAUAAUAAUGAGCAGCUGUGAGAUUCUGUAAUCAAAUCUUAGCUCAGCCUUUUUUCAAAUUAAAUGUUUUUACUUGUAAAGAAUUAAAACUGAGUCAUGGUUUGUCUUGUGUUUGCCCCCCAUGUAUACAUAUAAAUUGUAUUUAUAAAAUGUUCUAUAAUCAUGUAACUGUAUUGUAAAUACUGUGCUGAUGUAUUGUUCAAUGACAUUCUAUCCUAGGGCAGGCCCUCUUGCUGUAUCUUUUUCUGUCUCUGUAUUUGUAAUAGAAGCUAUGGAAUAUAUGACUAGAAAGUCACUUCAAGAUUGACUUAAAAUCUUACCUUCUGCUGUUGCAAAAUGAAAAGCUGUGAGUGGGAAUGAUUUGUUUGAACUUCUUCAAUGUUAUUGUAACUAUUAGGGAAUGCAGUGGGUGGGUUCUUAGAUGCUGCUGUGGUUACCCAAGGUACCAUUAGACUUGUUUCAGAUGCCUUUGGUAUUUAAAGUAAGACCUUUAAUCUGUUUGCUUUAAGUCAACCAAAGCAAAGACAUAGUAAGUUUGAGUUGUCAUAACAGUAAAAAAAAAUUAGCGCCUUAAGAUGCUCUGUGUAAAGGCACUAUACAAGUUUACUUUUCUAUUGUAUUUGGGAGAAGGGUGUUGGGGUGUGUGUGGGUGUGUAUACUGUCUUUUGUAUCAUAAACAUUCUGCUGACAAAACACUACAACUUUAUAAAAGGGCUUUGAAUGAAGAGAAGGAAUUAUAGCCUUGGCAGACAGUAUAAUUCAUCUUUUCUAUUUCUGAAUGUAAUAGUUAUUGUUAAGCGGUGACAUUCCCUCUGAGUAUUUUCUGAAUCUGUUUCUACUUCCUCAAUAUUGGUUUCUUAGUGUAACAUCUCCUGGGAUAAUAAAUAAAAUACAAUUACAUUUUCUUUAUGCAAAGUGGAAAGCAAAUUCUUGUACUGCUAAUCAAAUACAAUUUGAUAUUGUUUAAAAGUU